AUGCCGUCAGUCAAGUCGAUCGCUGCCGCAGUGUGUGGCUUUGCCACUACCACUCUUGCCCACGGUCUUGUUUCAGGAUUUGUUACGGAUGGGAAGUACAACCAGGGCUACAUCUUGGACUACUACUACCUCGUGAAGAAUGGAGGUACUCUCCCUGCGAUCGCCGGAUGGUACGAGGAGGCUACCGACCUCGGCUUCGUAGAGCCCAACAACUUCGGAACACAAGACAUCAACUGCCACAAGAACUCGGCCCCAGGCAGCAUCGCCGGCACCGUCAGCGCGGGCGGCACCAUCGAGUUCCAGUGGACGACGUGGCCGCACGGGCUGGGCCCGAUGCUGACCUACAUCGCGCCCUACAGCGGCUCGCCCUCGUCCAUCGACAAGUCCAAGCUCCUCUGGACCAAGAUCGACGAGGCCGGCAUCGACUACAACACGCAGACGCUCAAGGCCGGCACCUACGUCUUCCGCCACGAGACCAUCGCCGCCCACGGCGCGGGGUCGGCCAACGGCGCCCAGGCGUACCCCUUCUGCAUCAACAUCCAGGUCACCGGCUCCGGCACUGCUGUUCCGUCCGGGGGCACACUCGGCGUGAACCUGUACAAGGCCACCGACCCCGGCAUCCUGUUCAAUCCUUACACCAACAUCACCAGCUACACGAUCCCGGGACCGAAGCUCUGGACUGGUUAG